AUGUACAUGAGCGUACCAACAGGAGGCAGCAUGACUAGUGCUGGAUCGACAACAGAUCCCGUGCGACCCAGGAGAAAUUUCAAUGCUUCUACCUCAACCACACAGAAGGAGGAGGUCUUCAAGCAUGUUGUCGCAUUCACUGCUGAGAUGAAGGUCUGCUUCAGUCAGAUGAGAUUACUUCACAAAAGCAAUAUAACCUUGCGCUUCGGAAAUGCAACAAUGGCCUGCAACCCUCCCGUUCUUCCACUUCCCCUCCUUCCAAAGCACAACUCGAACCUAAACACACCUGAAACCCAAACCCUAACCCUAACCACUUCCGAGCAAUGGCUCGUCUCCUCCCUAAGCUCCUCACCCACAGCCUUCAACCUCGGUGCACUCCACGCUCUCUCCCUUAAGACCGGCCUCUUACGCCGACACACCGUCCUCUCCCAUCUCCUCCUCCACUUCUCCUCAACCUCAUCCUCUCUUUUGCUCCUCCGCUCCCUCUCCGCUUCUCCCGACUCCCCUUUCCCCUUCAACUCCCUUCUCUCCUCCUUCUCCCACUCCGGCUUCCACCUUCACGCCCUUGAAGCCUACUCUAUCUUACGCUCCCUUUCCGUACCCAUCGACUCCUCCACUCUCCCGCCGCUCCUCCGCUCCGCUGCAUUCGCGUCCUCCAUUCCCGCCGGCCUCGAUGCCCAUGUACUAGCCUUCAAGACAGGGCUCACUGAUCACCUCCCAAUUGCCACUGCACUCAUCCGCUUCUACUUUGCUCUUGGCCUCCCCACCCUCUCGCGGUCCAUCUUUGAUCGUUGCCGCACACGUGACUCUGUUCUCUGGAACACAGCAAUUGUAGGGUUUAUUCACAGCCAUGAUUUUGAUGCUGCACGGCAACUGUUUGAUGAAAUACCUUCACGUGAUCGGAAUAUUUCUUCAUGGAAUACUAUGGUUGAUAUGCACUGCAACAAGUUGGGUGACGUGGACAUGGCAAGGAAGGUGUUUGAUCAGAUGCCAAAGAGGGAUGUUGUCUCUUGGAAUGCCAUGAUAUCAGGGUAUGCGAGGGUUGGCAACUGUAAAUCAGCAAGGAAGCUUUUUGAUGAAAUGCCAGAGAGAGAUUUAGUCUCUUGGAAUGCUGUCAUUGCUUGCUAUGUCCAAAAUGGAUACUUUUCAGAAGCUAUAGAGCUGUUUAGAAAAAUGCAAGGGGCUAAAAAGUUUAGGCCUAAUAAGGUUACAGUAACUGCUGUGUUGCCAGCUUGCGGCCAUCUAGGUGCUCUGGAUCUUGGCAGAUGGAUACAUAGCUACAUCAAGAGGCAACGCAUGGCCAUCGACCUUCAGAUGAGCACUGCUCUCAUCGAUAUGUAUGGUCGAUGUGGCUGCAUCGAGGAUGCAAAGACUGUGUUCGACCAAUCGCCAAGGAAGGAUACAUUUUUAUGCAGCACUAUGAUUGAGGUUCUUUCGAUGCAUGGGAUGGCCGAAGAAGUAUUCAGCGUCUUCAACUACAUGAGAAUGGAAGGAAUCAAGCCAAAUGAUUGCACCAUAGUUGGGCUCUUGAAGGCAUGUGCUCAUCAGGGCUUGGUGGAAGAAGGGCUUAGAUGGUUCAAUAUGAUGGAAGAAGAGUUAGGAUUGAGUCCUAAGGUGGAGCACUAUGGCUGCGUUGUUGAUCUAAUUGGCAGGGCAGGGAAGCUGGAUGAUGCAUAUCAGCUUAUCUUGAACAUGCCAAUGGAGCCAACUCCUGUGUUAUGGUCUUCGCUGCUUAAUGCUUGUAGGAUUCAUGGUGAUGUUGAGCUCACGGAGAAGGUUGGUCGCCAUCUUGUUGAGUUAGAGCCUGAGAGCUGUGGAAACUAUGUGCUUCUGUGGAACAUUUACUCGGCAAAUAGGAGAUGGGAGGAUGCAGAAAGCGUGAGGAAUUUGAUGAAGGAGAGGGGGAUUGCUAAGAGGCCCGGAUGUAGUUCGGUUGAAGUGAGGAAUGAGAUUUAUGAGUUCUUCGCUGGGGAUCGAAAUCAUCCUCGUUGCGGGGAGAUUUAUGAGAUGCUGUAUAGGGUGGCAGGGAGAUUAGGAUACGAUCCAUGGAGAAGCUUGGAGUUGCUGGAGGAAGGAGGAGAUAGGAGGCAUAAGAAUGGGCUUAUACAUCACAGUGAGAAGCUGGCUCUGGCUUUUGGCUUGAUAAGCACAGAGGAAGGAACAACUAUUCGGAUAAUUAAGAAUUUAAGGGUCUGUGAGGAUUGCCAUUUGUUUUUGAAAUUGGCUUCUGCCUGCUACGGCAGGAAGGUGAUUGUGAGGGAUUGUCACCGGUUUCAUCACUUCGUGGAUGGUUCCUGCUCUUGUUUAGAUUAUUGGUGAAGGUCGUGAAUAGAAAAAAGGUGGUGUUUGCAUACAUAUCACACAAUUUUUAUUUAUUUAUAUAU